AUGUCCCGGGUGUGCCUGCGCACUAUCUCAUUUGAUCACGGAUCUGUUGAUGCUGCUGCGGAUGCUGUCAGAUCCGAGGGACUGCAAGGAGGCCUGCAGUCUCUGGGACUGCCUGCGCUACCUAGACCCGGCCAACUAGAAGCAAUUGUGGAUCGACUCUCUGCAAAUGUGCACUCUAUAACAGUUUCUGGGGAUUCCGGGGCUCAUGCGCUCUCCGGGGACUGCCCUCCAAGGGCCUGCCCCUGCUGCGAUCCAGGGAAGGAAGUGGCAGUUGGGCUGUACGGCCAGCCGCUGUGUCGAUUUAACCAUUCUUGCUUCCCUAAUGCUGCCAUUGUAUUUGGAGGGGCCCAGGGGCCGUUGGAAAUGGCUGUUGUUGCCUCAAGGUCUAUUUUAUGCGGCGAAGAGGUCUGCAUUUCUUACGUUUCUCCCGCCGCUGUGCGACAGGAGAGGCGUAACAAGCUGUAUCUUGCAUAUGCAUUUACUUGCACAUGCGUACUUUGCUGCUGUUGCAUCGAUUAUACGAGCAGCAGCAAUGCCAUUACCCGUGGAAACCACGACUGCAGUGGCAGCAGUGAGUUCAGCAGCGAAGGCGACAAAACCAGCACGAAAAUUCCUUCCAGAUGCAGCAGCAACAGCAGCAACAAGAACACAAAAAGGGGGCAUCACCCUUGUUCCAUUUCUUUUUCUCCUGCGGAGGCGUUUGAUUUGCAGUUGCGUGCUGUUUUUUGUCCGAGGGCCCCGUGCGUUUCGAUAAGAAGUACAGAAAAGGCAAAUGUCCUUCUCUGCUUAGAAAAUGCCAACCGGGAAUAUCUCAACAGUUUCUGCCGUCGUGGAAAGGCACCUAAUGACGAGCCUAACGGCGGAUUAUCCAGCACCUACGUACAUACCGCAGAUCCUAGGGGACCAGAAGGGGCCGCCCGCCGUCGGCGGUUGCAUCUGCCGGUGCUUUGCAUGCAGAGACCAGGGGAGGGCUUGUGGGAGCCGGUGCAACUUUCUACAGGAGAUCGUCCGCCACAGCAAGCGCCGAAUCGGGGGUCUUCCUCUCAAGGAAACACAAGUAUUACACUCAUUCCUGAAGAACUGCAACAAUCGGCACUUGCUCAUGGUCACACAGUUGUGGCGCCGCCUCCGCCCGUCAUUCGCUGCUGCGCGUGUGGGGAUACUUCCGAACAAGGGGACGUUGUGCGCGUAGUGGAGUUUAUGAGGAAGUUGAAGGAAAGCGCCCAGCGCCUAGCGCAAGCUUCUUGCACGGAUCAAAGUGAGGCUGUUGAGGUGGAGGGAAGGGCCGCCCUUAAGUUGUUUUCUGUAGUUCGGCAAUAUGCACAUCCCGGAAAUUUGUUCCUUUUGAAUAUUGCGGAAAGCCUUAGCCGUUCUUGCAGGGGGUUUGUUGCCCUUUACAAUGGCAUCGGGCUGACGGUUUCCCAGCAUCUUUCCCGCGCUGCUGUAGCUCUGUACGGCCGGUGCAGCACCCAACAUGCAGACCACCUACUCACUGAAGGCUCUCUCCUGCAUUUCCUCUCCCAAGCAGAUACUGAGGAGGAGGCUGCCCAUGCCUGGUCGCUGUGGGCCGGAGGGGACCCUAUAAUGGCAGAGACCGAAGGUGCAAUGGGGGCUAUGGCCCGCGUAGAAGCAUUCGAUGAUGAGAGGGUCUCCGAAACGAGGGCCAAGUUAGCACUCCAGGCUCGUGAAUGUCUACUACAGGCAUGCGGCAUUUUCUUUUCAUAUGAGGGCUGCUGCGCAGAGAGACACAAGGGUCGACUUGCUGAAGGGCGCAUUGCUGACUGUGAGAGGGAGCUGCAUGCCUUGGGAUUUAAUUCCUAG